GCUUCCGCCUUGCGCUACGUGCCCCUACGUAAAUACAUCUCGCAGUGAUGGCUGCGCCGCCCGAUACGGAGAGUUUGGAGUCUCGUAUCAACAAAGCCACAAAUCCGCUGAACAGAGACACAGACUGGAGCAGCAUCCACGGCUUCUGUGAGCAGCUCAACCAUGAUCUGGAGGGACCUCAGUUGGCCACCAGGCUCCUGGCCCACAAAAUCCAGUCCCCUCAGGAGUGGGAGGCCAUCCAGGCACUAUUAGUUCUGGAGACGUGUAUGAAAAACUGCGGGAAAAGGUUUCACAGCGAAGUGGGCAAGUUCCGUUUUCUCAACGAGCUCAUCAAAGUAGUUUCACCGAAGUAUUUAGGCUCUCGCUCUCCAGAGGCAGUAAAAAAGAAAGUUUUGGAGUUGAUCUAUAGCUGGACGCUGGCAUUGCCUGAUGAGCCCAAGAUCUCAGAUGCCUAUCAGAUGCUGAAGAAACAAGGCAUCAUCAAACAAGACCCGGAGCUGCCGCCGGACAAACUCCUGAACCUUCCCCCACGCAGACCUAAAAAUGCCAUUUUUGAGGAUGAGGAGAAGUCAAAAAUGUUGUCCCGCCUGCUAAAUAGCUCACACCCUGAGGACCUGAAAGCUGCAAACAAACUCAUCAAGGAAAUGGUCCAGGAGGAUCAGAGGCGAGCGGAGAAGGUGUCGAAGCGGGUGAACGCCAUCCAGGAGGUGAAGGAGAGCGUCUCUCUGCUGACUCAGCUUCUUCAGGACUAUGACAGCACGGCUACGAGUCAGGGCAACGCCGACCUGAUACAGGAUUUGUACCAGCGCUGCGAGAAGAUGAGGCCGACGCUGUUCAGGCUAGCAAGCGACACGGAGGACAACGACGAGGCUCUGGCUGAGAUCCUCCAGGCCAACGACAGCCUGACUCACGUCAUCAACCUGUACAAGCAGCAGGUGAAGGGGGAGAUUGUGAACGGAAACAACACGCAGAGACCUGCUGGGACGGCGUUGCUGGAUCUGUCAGGACUGGACACCUCUCCGCAGUCCCCCCCUUCCUUCCCCGAGCUUCCCACUCCCACAGACAGCCUCACCGCUCCCUCACAGGAGACAGGAAUCAGCCUCCUUGAUGAUGAGCUCAUGUCGCUUGGUUUGAGCGAAGGAACGCACACCUCCAACCUCCUUUCCCAACCGGAGGACUCCACAGCGUGGGACUCCUUCCAGUCCUCUGACAGCAUUGACGCAGACGUCCAAGCAGCGCCCGGUCUCCUCCUCAGUCCUGACCCUCCCCCUCACCCCCAGCUGCUUUCGUCCGGUUCCAACCCCGGGAACUCAGCCCUGGACGAGUUGGACCUGCUGGGGAAGACCCUGCUGCAGCAGUCUCUGCCGCCCGAGGGUCUGCAGGUUAAAUGGGACAAGCAGCAGUCCAAGCCAACGCUGAGGGAUCUCCAGAGCAAGUCAGGAGCCAACAGCGGUACACAUCCUGUCGUAGCCUUUGUGCCCGAUCAUCCUGCUCCCAGCCUCACAGGGACGCUGCUGGACCAAUCACCGGCUCACUCCAUAACUCCCUCCCCAGAAGUUACCCUGGCUAAUGUUUUUGUACCACUAGAAUCCAUAAAGCCCAGUAGUCUGUUACCCAUAACUGUGUUUGACGGACACAGCCUGCGGGUUCUCUUUCACUUUGCUCGUGACUCGCCUCCGUCUCGACCCGACGUGUUGGUGGUGAUCAUAUCCAUGUUGUCCUCCGCCCCCAUACCUGCCACCAACAUUCACUUUGAAGCUACAGCUCCCAAGUCUGUGGGAGUGAAGCUGCAGCCGCCAUCGGGAUCAGAGCUCCCAGCUUUCAACCCCAUCCUCCCCCCUGCUGCCAUCACGCAGAUCCUGCUGAUAGCCAACCCUAACAAGGAGAAAGUCCAGCUGCAGUACAGACUAACCUUCUCCAUGGGCGAGCAGGUGCACAAUGAGAGCGGCAGCGUAGAACAGUUUCCCAAUGCCGAGAAGUGGGGGAACCUAUAGCACCCACACACAACCUGACAGACUCUCUGCUUUCAGACUCAGCCUCCCUCCUCUCUGAGACCCUCCCCCUCAGCUCGUCUUCAGACGCGGUUUCUUUGCAGUCACAUUGAUGUAUAUUUGUUGAACGGUAACGUUUUUUUAGGGGUUAUUCUCAUUCACGGUGACGUGUGUCUGCUUCGCUCUAAAUCGGCCGUUUGUGUCUAGCUCCAGUCUAUUUUUAUGUGAAGGAGCCUGCAACCGCUUUGUCAUCACAUUUUGAAAGGAAGAAAACGACAAAUGUGUGCAUGUUUGCUCAUUCUGUGUGCUUUAUCCUGUUUUUUUUUUUUUUUAUUAAACCCUUGUCUAACUUAUCUCGGUUUACCUCCGCGUCGGCAUGCUCUGCAAACAUGGGACAAAUCUUGGAAGAUUCCUGGACAAACGAGCUACGUUCGAUUAAGCUUUGUAGGGUUUACUUUGUGAUUACUUGCUUCUCUCUCACAGUGGCUGAGUCACUUUUUGAUUGCACAAAGAAUUAUUAUUCUGACAGUACUGUUUUCAAGUCAUUUCCCCCUUCAUCCUGUGUAAUGAACAAAAUCUACUGUAACAUCAGAGCUGUGUGUCUUCUGCCAUAUGUGCCUAUUUUGCUGUUGAAUUAUUUAAAGUUUUAAGCAUUUGACUGGAUUGUUUCCCCCCCCCUCCCCCCCUCAUCUGUUACAUGUGAAUCAUGAGAUCCGCUGUGUGCGUCUUUAUGUAUUCAGACGGUUCGAUUGCGUUGGGUUUAAGUUAAUAUUGAGCCAUUUAGAGGGUAACCCUGAAUAUCAAACUUAAAUAUAUGCAAACUGAGUCGUACUCCGAUGCUCUCUGUGCACAGCGUCUCCCUCAUGUUUUUAUAGCAGCGUUGCAUGGUAGCCCUGCCCCCUCACAGCCUCUCAAUCACAUUCCUGAGCACUAAUUCUGAGUACGAGUGACGCUGAUCCAUCAGAUGUGUAAAUUUGAGCUCUACGAUAGCAGAAUAUUUCAAAUGGAAAAUAAAGUCUCUUUUUUUUUUCUUGGUGA